AUGGCUGAUCCUCCCACUGUCAUCGACCUCAACAAGGACGACCAGGCCAGCCAUCAAGCACCGGACACUACUCUUCGCAAACUCAUCGCCAUCGAUCAAGACUUCGCCGAAGACCUUGCCCACCAAGCAGUCGGCGAGAUCGAGAAAUUAUGGCCGGACCUCAAGGCAGAGCGUUUCGCUUCCCAGGACAUCGUCGAGCUAUCAACUACCCUCCGUACGGCAAAAAUCACUCUCGAAUUCAGAAUGCUGCGCGCUCUCUUGGUCCUCUGGAAAGACCAUCUUAUGAAACGACCAGGACUGUCGUCUCAGCAAAUGAUCGAAAUUGCGGUGGUUAUACAUCGGUUGGUCCCUCUCCAGCUUGGUCCCGCCGAGAAGCAAAACUCGGCCAUCGAUCUUGUCGCAGCCGAUGUAGCCAACGCAUCGAAGAUUAAAGAUGGUCCAUACCGUCUCUACACGGGAGAUUAUUAUAUCGACCAUUUUGAAGCGGAAUGGCCUUCAACACUCUACCGUAUCUUCGAAAACUUCCCAAUCAUUCGGGGCCUUGAAAUCAGCUGCCAAAAGGGCCGUGAGGAGUUUCAAAAAUUGUGGCCAGACCUUGAAGACAAGCUGAUCCCAACGGCCCAGCAAUUGGAGACCAUGGGUAGAGCUGUUCGUGCAGCUCACAUCUAUCUAGAACUGAGACUCCUACGCGCCUUUGUUGUCUGCUGGAUGACCGAUCUGCCCCAACAUAGUGACUUUGACGAGAGGGACCGCGCAGAGAGAAUCUACAAGAUGACCCUUGCCCAGAUGGGACCCAAGAAUAUGGUUAUGCACAACGAUGGUGGUAUCACUAUUCUGCGCAGGGAAGAUGAGGAGAACUACAACUCGGCAGAAGAUUCAGACCUUGACGAAGAAGAGCGCGAGCAAGCCAGGAGACACAGACUCGUGACCGAGGCUCUUUAUCCUAGAAACAGGCCAGCCCCUGGAAAGAAGAGAAAGCGAAGCUCGAGCACAUGA